UAGAGUAUCAUAUCAUAUGGCCUCCCUCCCCAACUCAACCCCACCACCGGCAGGCGGCAGCCCUCUCGACUCCACAUUGACUGACAACACGCAGUUGAGUCUAUCUACCCGCGUCGCGUGCAAAAAAAUCCAGCGCACCACCGCCCAUUCUCAUGGGGGGACCCACCACCCCGACUGCCCCCACCAGUCAGUGGAGACAGAGAGAGAAGGGCAGAACAGAAGGCCUGCGCCGCGAAGCCUCGAGAGGAAAAGGCGGCGGCGCCACCGGUGGCUCGCGACCCGCGGCGAGGCACCGUCGCCCGAAGCCCCCCCCCCCCCCCCUGUCUUCGCCUGCUCCGUCGCGCCGAGGGUUUCUCUAGCAAAAGAAAUCUGGUUCCUGCAAAUACACCAUCUGCCAAGGGGAGAGUACCACAACAGUUGGAGUUCACACAUUGUUCACCUGCGGCACUUAUCUAGAAGUGAUCAAGUCUAUGAUGCUUCAUCUGAGGAUCAACCAUGUAGCAGCAGUGCUGACCAUCUCCCAGGACUAAGGAUGUUUUCGAGGUCACGGAGAUGGAAAAUAAUGAUAUGUGCAUGGGGUUGCAGUCAGGGAACGAGUAGGCUUUUCCCAGGAGUGACAAGGAUGAUUUGUAAUUUGUGAGGCAUAAGUUCUUGGAUCCACAUGCAAAGCGUCUUUCCGCAGAUGAAGCCCAUAGGAAUUCUAAGGAGUUUAGUGAGGCACUUGAGUUACUGUACUCCAAAAAGGAUGUUUUCCCUAAAAUCCUUCAGGAGAACAGUGGUGCAUUUCCAGGAUUCUCAGGGCACAUCCUUGGUCACAGUGGAUUGCUGUACUCCAAAUUGUUUGAGCAAGACAACUGCUCUAGCAUGGGUGUUGAACAUGACGGGUUGUUUAAUGUACCAAAGGAGCCAGAGAUGCAGCAAAAGUAACCACCCACAAGAUUUCAUCAGAAACAAACUACAAUCAUGAUAAUGUACAGAAGGCAGGUAUUAUGGUUGGAAGGCAGGGAUUCACUGUAAAGAAGAUUCAAGAGCUGUCUCAUUGAGGAAAUUUUCUAGGUCGUAGUUUCUCCAGACCUCAGAUACCAACAGUGCAAAAUUACAGGGAAGGAAACAAUCUACACCAAUUUGUAACCUGCCCAUUCGGAAAUAUUUAUUGAAUGCACCCACUGAGGCACUAAUGAAUCUGGAAGUGACCAUGUCAAUAGUAGAUCACCAUUUUGAAAAACAAAGCAGAAAAAGGGGAGAUCUAUGAAUCUAUCAUCCAAGCUGGCAAGAAAAACAUGCUACCUGUGAACGAGAUUCAUGUAACUUCAGAAAAAGCAAGGCAUAGUAUCUUCAUAUCCGAUUUGUCUCGAGCAAGCAACACACAUAGUUCUGGUUCAACUGCUCUGGAUGAUGAUUUACAAAGUUGUAAAGAAAAGAUGGCAUGGACAGAAUAGAAUCUAGCACCACCAUAACUAUUCGGUGGAAACUGAGGAUGCAAUCAUGCAUACUACCAUAUCUCAAGGCUCAGUUCUAUAUACUAUAGACAUGGGAUAAAAUGGAGUCAGAAAAUCAGGACAGACACACAGAUUGACACUAUGUGCAGGGCAGAGCGUGACAUACGAACGGACUACUGACGACGGCGGUGCCUGUACUGUAUAACCAAGAACUCAAAAGCCAGUGUAUCCUCCUCGGUCAUGGGAGGAAAUCUCAUCCAUGUGUAUCGAGAUGGAAGUUCCACUAUCUCAAAGCGGACCUGGUGCCAACGUCUGCUAUCCCCGUCCAUCUCGUAGAAAAAGAGCUGGCAGAGCACGCUGCCUCUGUCGUGGAUGACGUCCUGCACUCGGAAGAAGGCGUGGUAUACCUCCGAUCCGGUGCGCCUGGCGUAGAAGAUCUGCCACCUCGGCAGCUGUGGAACGAUGGCUCCCUCGACCACGCAUUCCUCCUCAAGCGCAAGCUGAGGCAGUAUGGGAACGGCGAACCCCCGCCUGUUCUGCCACUCUGGGCAUCCGCAUGGAUUGACCUCCGCGCAGCCGACGCACAGCAGCCUGUGGCAGCACGUCAUGACCCACUCCACGCGGUGGGUGGUGCCACAGCCGGAGCAACAAGGAGGCGGUGGUGGCUGGUCCCACCUGCUCUGGCGCUGAUGCUGGCCGCUGCUGCUGCCCUCCGAUGAUCGGGAUCGGGAAUGGGAGCUGGACGAGCUGCUGCGUAUGACGCCAGAGAUGGGUCUGGAGACGUGCUCGUGCUGCAGAAAUUAAACUGUAUUAGUGAAUUCCAGUUUUGUAUUAAGAAACCAUCGUUUUUGACUUCUCUCCAACAUAGCGUUGUAUAGCAUAUAGUGCUGGAGCUAAUAAGUUGUUCUUUUUUUUUACACUUGGGUAUACGCAUUGCAAACUACUACUGCUAAUAAGUUGUUCCAUUUUUUCUUUUUUA